AUGGGCAAUAAUAUCAGUAAACUGGAAACUCUCCAUAAAGACUGUUUACUGCAUAUUACAAAGGAACAAGGGUAUAAAAUACAAGAAAGAAAGCUUAUACAACUCCUUAUAUGGGUGAAAACUUACUGUCCUUGGUAUCCCCCCGACGGCUCCUAUGACCUCGAGCACUGGAAGCGAGUGGGGGAGUCUCUAAAGUCUCAUCAAUUAGACAGUCAUGAGGUUAAUCCUGAUGAAUUCAUUACGUGGCUGAUUGUUUAUUCUGCACUACAAGCUUUUCGCGAUUCGGAAGAAAUAUUGCACCCAGCCGUAAAUUUGUCUGCAGACACUUCCCAUGCACUCACAGCACCACUUUCACGUCCUGAUUCGGUGGUUUUGCAAGUGGAGGAGGGAAUUAAUGGGGAGGAACCGGAGGGUGAUCUCGUGAAUCUAAGAGCUAUUGAUCUAAGACAGGAAUGUGAUUUAUAUCCUGCUAUAAAGCCACAGCCACUGAAACCUAUGGCUGCAUCACCAUCUACUGACACAAAGGUGCUAAAACAGCAGUCAUGUCUCCCACCCUAUGACAUGUCUCCCUUAAGACAUGUGACUGAUAAUGAACUUUCGCUGUCCCCUGAGCCAAAAAGCUUUUUAGACACCUGCCGAAGACAAGCAUUAGAUCAAGGGGAUGUUGAAUUGCUCCAUGCUCUGCCCACGGUCUAUCAAGGCAAUCAGCCUCAUCAUGAGCAAAUUUCUUAUGAGAUGGUUAAGGAAUUAAGAAAGUCUGUGAAAGAAAAUGGUCUGCAGUCUUCCUAUACGAUGAGACUUGUAGAAGCUAUAGCAAAAAACUAUGUUAUGUUACCUGCUGACUGGAAAGCUUUAUUUAAAUUGAUUAUGACAACACGACAAUAUUCGCUAUGGUGUGCAGAGUAUGAAGAGUUAUGUGAAAAUCAAGCCCGGGCGAACAUGGACACUGGUAAUGCUGGAAUAACAAAGGAUCAUUUGGCCGGGACUGGAGCUCAGACAACCAUAAGAGAUCAGUUAAGAAUGCCCCCAGAGACAUAUAACCAAGUGAGGGGGCUGGCUAUAAGAGCUCUGAAGAGAGUGUCGGACAUUAACAGAACUGAACCUGGCUUCUCCACCAUAAGGCAAGGACCCCAAGAACCCUACAUUAAUUUUAUCGAUCGCUUGCAAACAGCUGUGAACAGGCAAAUUGAUUUACCAGCUGCAGCAGAAGUUUUAUUGAAAUCCUUAGCCUAUGAAAAUGCUAAUACUGACUGUCGUAAAGCACUCGAUCAAAUAAAAACCAAACCUGGUACUUCCUUGACUGACUUUAUCAAAACUUGUGCACAUAUUGGUACAGAACAAUACAGAGCAGAUUUACUAGCAACUGCCUUAGCUCAACAGCUACACGUGGCUCGGGCAGCAAUUAAAUGCUUUGGCUGUGGAGAGGAAGGCCAUGUGAAAAAGCAGUGCUCAAAGAAUAAGCAAGGGAAGAAAAAGCCUAGUAAACUGUGCUUCAGAUGCAAGAAAGGUUACCAUUGGAGUAAUGAGUGCCAUUCUAAGUAUGACAAAGAUGGCAAACCUCUGCCACAGCGGCAAAAAUUGAAGGGCGGAGUGAAAUCCAGUGCCACAGAACAAAACAGGAUCCAGGCACAGCAAACCCACACAGCUCAAAUUACAUCAGGAGAACCCCAGGCAGUGCCAGCUUGGACUCGGCAGUUUCCACCACAACCACAAUAA